AUGCCAAUCGGUGUCUGCUUCAUGAUUGCUGGACCGAUCGCUGCCAUUCGGGAUCCCGUCGGCGCCUUCAGUCAGCUGGGACUGUUUGCAGGCACAGUGACUCUUGGACUCCUUAUGCACAUCUCACUCAUGUUUCUGAUUUACACAAUUUUUACACGAGCCAAUCCCUUCCGUCUCCUGCCCUACUGCUUUCGUACCUGGAUCAUUUCCGUUACAACUCUCAGUCCAAUUAUCACCAUUCCAGAACUGUAUAAGGCUAGCGAUGCGUUAGGCAUCGAUCCCACUCUUUCGAGGUUUGUCGUGCCCCUAUCAGCAACCAUAAAGGGCGAUGGCUCUGCUGUCUUCAUCGCGGCGUCCUCUCUCUUCAUCGCACAGCUUACUCAGUCUCCUCUCACUGCAGGAACCGUUGUGAUUGUUUGCCUCCUAAGCGCCUCAGCUGUUCUGGCAAUCCCAAACAUUCCAAGCGCGAGUAUCGUCAUUUUGGUUACGAUUCUCUCCUCGCUCGGAAUCCCCGUAAACCACGUGGGACUUCUGUUUGCACUAGAAUGGCUACUGGAUCGACUUCGAUCUACCAAUCUGGCAGUCUUACAUAUGUACUGUGUCGCGUUUACACAAUAUGUCUGCAAAGGGAGGCCAAAACCCCUAAAGAAGGAAACAGAUAUUCUUCAGAGCUCCUCAGACACUAUGUCAAAGCUUGGAGAGGACAAGGCGGCGAGCUUAAUGAGUGAUUGUUUCAAGGGCGACGUUAACCCGCCCGUCUGA